CGGCAUUCUAUAUCAGUAUUAAAUUUCUUUUGAAAAAAAAAGAGGAAAAAAUUGGUCAACUAACAUGAUCUAGCCAGGUGCAUAGGAGUGAAUACAAGCAGAUACAUCUUUUCGUGUCCCAAAAGAUCAACAUCUUGUUCUAUAGUGUAUAGUGCAUUAACCAGGAAUGAAAUGAACAGUGUGUAUGUGCCAUCUGUAUUAUUAUCAAAUGUGAUUGACCUCUAAAGCAGAGCAUCAGAAGAGGCAGGAAGGACAUGCGAGUGUAACAGUAAAAAGGGCACACAUUAGAAAAUCUCAAUGCAAAGUGAAAGAUUUUUAUCCGAAGAAAUAAAAUGCUCUUGAGAACGUUUUAUUGUUAGUGAUUAAAUAAUAGAAAAAGAAAAGUGCACCCAUUCGCGGCUCCAUCAUCGCUAACAAAGUGUAGUUGUGAACAGGAGCUGGCUCACCGGAAGCAAAAUGCCUUCUCAACCUUACGAUCUGGUAAAGGAUGAUCAAGACAUUCGUGUACCUUUGUAUCCCGAACAAGCUUUUCACGGAAAUGGACUGACGUUCCAGGCAAGGCUCAUAGGAUGGCAAACAGUGUCCCGUCCAAAUAGUCGCUCUGAAAUAGUACAAGCAAUGCGUAGGAUUCGGUAUGAAUGCAAAAUACAAAACACCAAAAAGAAAAAGGUGAUGUUUCACAUCUCGGUUGACGGAGUGCGCGUCUGUCUGAAGCGGAAAAAGCGAAAGAAAAAGCACCACUGGAAUGAACCGUCCGAGGUGGAAAUACUGAGCCAUCCGAUCUACCGGAUCUUCUACGUAUCGCACGAUAGCAACGAUUUGAAGAUAUUCAGCUACAUUGCCCGGGACGGCAGCAGUGACAUCUUCAAGUGCUGCGUUUUCAAAACCAACAAAAAGUCACAAGCAAUGCGAAUCGUCCGAACCGUUGGUCAAGCGUUUGAGGUCUGUCAUAAGCUGUCCCUGCAGGACAGUACCGAACGGGCAGACGAGCACUCGGAAACCUCCCACUGUGAUUACUCGGAGUUGGAUCGAAGUUCUGAGAGAUUAAGCGACGAAGGGGAUAUGAAAAAAGACACUAUACCUACUCACGAGCCACCGCGACAAACCAGGCCUAGUCAUUUGGAACUAUCACCUUCUUUAAAUCCAGUCCCGGGAACGCUAGCUCAGGAGUUUGGAGAAGAACGUUUAGAAAAGACACCACUCACUGCUUCGAAGGAAAUUGUAUCGUUGAAGGAACAACUGGAUCAGCAAAAUCUUCAAACAAGACAGAUUCUGGCCCAACUGGUGCUUGUACGAGAGCAGCUAAUAACCGAAACGAAUGUUAGAAUAGAAGCACAAGCACGCAUUCAACAAUUGGUUCAGCAAAACAGAGAACUGUUGGAGCACAUCGCAGCAUUUGGUGGAUAUCACGAGCCCGAUCGACCCGGUAUUUCCUCCACUGCCAUCGGACUGGCACCGCAGCUUUCCUCUACCGCCAAGGUGGCCCGCUGGUUCCAUCAGCUGCAGUGGACGAACCAAAAUCAGCCGCUCUCGCGACCGGAAAGUGGCUUCGUAUCGGGUGAUUCGCGGUCGGAAAAGAUUCAGAAAUCGGAAGCCGACAUCACCGACAGUAUAACCAAAGAUCACCGGCCGCAUCCGCACGUUGAUUUAUGCGACGAAUAUCUACUGAUCGAAGGCACGAGCAAUCUUUGGAGCAAGCUGAACGUUAAGAAGCGUAAAAAACUUCUUAGCAUGAAACUAGGAAAAGUGACAACUUUUUAAUAUUCUCAUAGAUGAAUUUAGAUUCGAACAGUGCUGCUGCCACACUAGCGCCGCACGUUCUUAGCUUAGUUUUGAAGUUAUGAUUAAAAAAAAAUCUCGGUAUUGGGAUUUAUGCCUAGGCCACCUUCGUAGUUGAUCUAUGUAGUUGUAGUCUUAGAUGUAUGAUUUGGAUGCGGCUUUAAUGCUCUCAUCGUGCUAAAAUAAAAUUAGAGACAGGUGAUGCGCAUUUACAAGCAUCAUCAGAGCUCAUAAAAUAACAUUCCAGCUAACAUUAAGAAGAACAACAGUUCGGGCUAGCUUUUCUUUUGAUUGUAAGCGUUCGAAAUUAGUCCACGCUCGAGCAAUAACCAAGUAAAGUUUAAAACCGAGAUUUCUACAGUAAGAACAACAACUCGAAACUUUCCUAAACAUGUUAGUGAUUGAUUAGUGAAGGAGCACUCAGAUUUUGUUACAGAUUUUUUACGGAAAAUGCAACUAGAUUUAGUUAUUCUUUUAUAACUCGAAUAUUUGGUUUAUUUGAUUUGAAAAAGUCGUAAAAAUAAGAGAGUUGGCUCUUCUUGUCGCCUUUGAGAGACAGAGGCGAAGAUAAAGCUCAAUCCCAACAAAUAUCGUACCGAUAAAUAAUCAAACAACACGUUGCCACAAUAAUUGGAACCCUCGUUUUUGUGGCUAAGGAACGUACUACUUAACGUACUAUUAGUUCAAUGUAGAUUCUAAUUUAUACUCUUGUAAUAUUUUAUUAUAUCGUAAUAUUACUUAUGAACAAAACUCAUGAAAUUAUUGAAAUUGUCAUUCCCAUUUAAGCAGAUUUUGUACAAAAAUAAAAAAUGUUACUUCCACAAACAUAUGAAAACAAACAACAAUAUCGAAAAACCUACUGCUGCCGUUGUGCACAACGGAAAGCAAUCAAAGAUGAUUCACAUUAGAACAAUUAUCAAGACUGACAUUUUUUAAACAAAUAGCGAUGAUUAUGCUAAUUUACUUGGAUAACAGAUAAGAGCGAAUAGGUAUAGGUAAUGUUUAAUUUUUAAUCCUUUCUUUCACGUUCGCAGCAGCAAUAUACCUACAACAACACUAAAACAAACAAUAACGUUGCUGUUUAGCAUCAUUUUCAUAGUAAAAUAAAACCGUUUUUCUGCUGCCAAUCUGCUAACAACUACAUUCCGUCUACAAUAGACCGAGGCACUAAGAAG